CCUAUAUAAUGUAACGUGCACUACAACACAAGCGCUAAAUCUUUGUGUUUUCUCUCACUCACUUAUUGUGCAAACAUGCCAAGACUAUUCUCUAAACAGCUACACCUUUGUUUCUUCAAGCUCAAAUACCCUACAAUUCUCUCCCAACCUCACCCACAACACACUUCCACUCCAUCACCACCUUGCCCUUUCCAUUUCAACACCACCUUCAGCCACCACCACGAAGAAGAAGAAGAAGAAGACUAUUUCUACGACACCACGGAGCUUCCACCACCUGACUUUUCUUCCGUCUUCGCCUCCCAACGGUUCUUCUUCUCCUCCCCAGGCAGCUCCAAUUCCAUCACAGAGUCUCCCUCCAACGACACUCUACCCUGUAAUAACUCGUUGAUACCAAGAGGAGGUAGUGUGAAGAGGGUGCCAAAAUAUUCUGUAAACCCUUACGUUGAUUUCCUCCGUUCUAUGCAGGAAAUGAUUCAAUCUCAACAACAAGUGGUGGAUGUUACUAACGAUUGGGAUUAUCUUCAUGAACUUCUCUUAUGCUAUCUUGCUCUUAAUCCUACACAUACUCACAAGUAUAUUGUUCAAGCUUUCACUCACCUUCUUGUUGAUAUUUUAUCUUCCUCCUCCUCUUUAUCAUUCUCCUCCUCUUCAUCUCCGCCAUCACCUCCGAAGCUCAAUAACCAACGCCACAUCGCCACAGUAGUUUCUCCAGGAGGUUGGUGUAAAAAUAUUAAAUGCCAAGGUUUUAAAUAAUGAUCGCGAUUGUAAGUAAUAGUUAUUGUGGCAUCACUAUCACAAUACUAAACCAUGUUAAGAGUUAUCUACAAGGAUUUUACUUAAGACCUCCGUCGAACAGAUACUUUGGAUUGAAGGCGUGUCCCGGUGUCGGACAUGACAUGAUACCGACAUUUAUAAUUACAUUGAAUUAUGUUAUUUUCUCAAAAGUAUAUCAGUGUCAGGUUCGUGUAUUGUCCGUGCUUCAGAGGAUAAGACUAAUGUUAUAUAUAUAUAUAUAUAAUGUUUAGUUGUUUUUCUUCAAAAAAAAAUAAUGUUUAGUUGUUUCUUUUUUUUUUUAAUAAAAUUUCUUAUGGCAAAAAAAAAAAAAAUGUUGACAGGUUGUGUGAUUGGUUAAUCCACAUUAAGGGGCGGUUUUUUUUUUUUAGGUAUUGAAAUUGCCUUGGGUUUCGACUAUGGGAACAAGGUUAGUAUUUUGAUGACAAAAAAAGACAGUAAGCAAAACCAAUGGGGGUGUGUUGGUGGGGGUUGGAGAAGGACAUUUUGGUGUUUCAAUGUUGUUUUGUUUUUUUUAUAAUUGCAGAGUUUAAAUAGUUUUGUUUGUUUUCAGUUAUCAUAGUACUAAUCUCUAGGUUUUUUUUAUCUUUUUGUGAAAGAAAAUAAAAAGUAUGCUGUAAUUUCUUGGAAUUUAUUGUUUGAUGUUGUUGGUAGA